GUUGGAGUUGAUGGAGGUGGUGGAGAUGUAAAGCUGAAUGUGCUGUGUUUGGGACGGAAGCCGGACUGGAAGGAUUCAAACAGGCUGUUGGAGUUGAGGAAGCCAUCUGACUUUAUCUUGGACAUCAGAGGACACAAAGACAACGCAAUGAUGAUCAAGACUUUCAUUCUUGUAUUUCUGCUCGUAGGAACCAAGACUCUGCCUACUCAAGCAAUUGUUGUUACAACUCCAGAUGAUAAUCCCACGACACCACCCACGCCGCCUCCCACGCCGCCUCCCACGACACCUCCCACGACACCUCCCACGACACCUCCCACGACACCACCCACGACACCUCCCACGACACCUCCCACGACACCUCCCACGACACCUCCCACGACACCACCCACGACGCCUCCCACGACACCACCCACGCCGCCUCCCAAGACAUUACCCACUGAUAUUGAAGUAACAUGUUUAGAGCUAGGCGAUAUACUCAAGUUUAAGCUUCCCAAUCCGAUUCCUGCCUAUUACUUUGCGGUUGAAGACAACUAUAUCAUCUUUAAGGUGCUCACUCCGCCAACUAAACCCCCAACUAAACCCCCAACAACCCCACCAACAACACCCCCAACAACCCCACCAACUCCUCCUCCAACAUCCUCACCAACUCCUCCUCCAACAUCCUCACCAACUCCUCCUCCAACAACUGCUGAAUCAACAACCCCAGACGAUGUCUAGCCUCUGGCCUGAAUUUGAACUGCAGCGUUAUUACUUUGACAUUUAUUUAUCUGCUUAUGUUCCUGUUCUACCUUUUAACUGUCAUUUUAUCACUGACCACUAGGGGAGGUGUGGUGGGGAAGAAGCCACUAUAGCACGAGGCGUUGUGUUGUUCCUGAAGAAAAUGCCAAAUGGCGGAUAAAGACUAGUGCGUGCAGCGCUAAUGUGCUUGGAGUUGUUAUAUUUUCUCAUAUAUUUUUAACAUCAAGAGAAAGAGGAGGAAGGUGGCCCCACUUUGGUUGAGGAGCUCACUGGUGAAAGGUAUAAAGAAUAUCAUGAAUAUUUUCUGUUCUCUGCUUUUUCUGUCAGCAACCAAUCAUUAAAAAU